GCCGUUCUGGCUGGAAUCGAGGCGCCGAUGAGACAUGCUGGCGGUAUCGGAUGCCAAGAACAUCAAUCCUUGGCCGGAUGGAGGGAAAUCUCUAGAGGCGGUCUCUUUCGACUACUCUCGCCUGCUCCGGCGAUGCGGCAACGACAGGGCUCUGGUGGAAGGCAGGAAAAUCCAUGCUCUUAUAGCGGCAGCGCACAGCAGUGUGGAUUCUCGACGGCUCGGGCGUGACAUCGUCGAGAUGUAUAUCAAGUGUGGGAGCUUGAUCGAAGCACGGUCGGCUUUCCAAGAGCUUUGUUCUUCCAGCGACGACGUUGCUCUAUGGACGGCGAUGGUGGCGGCAUUCUCUCAUCACGGCCAGUUUGACGAAUCCUUCCGGACUUUCCAAUCCAUGCUCCAGUCGGGGGUUUCGAUCGACAAGAUCACUCUUCUCACGGUCUUCAACGCUUGCACCAAGGCCGUGGCUUUGGAAGAAGGUAGACGAGUUCGUGGUUACAGUGACGAGUGUGGCCUUUCAGCUGCCACCGCCGUGGCAACCGCCAUCGUCAACUUCUAUGGGAAAUGCCGGGAGCUUGACAACGCCAUCGCGGUUUUCGACGAGAUCGAGGAGGCGAGAAACGUGGUGACUUGGACAGUCAUGGUGGCGGCUUAUGUCCAAGCGGGGCAUCACAAGGAAGCGUUUUGUUGCCUUCGGAGAAUGCAGCUGGAAGGCAUUUCGCCGAACGAGUUUACGUUCGUGAACGCUCUCGGGUCUUGCGGCUGCGGUGACGAUCUAGCUCGAGGAAGAACUCUUCAUGGUUGGAUCAGUGAGGGAGACAUGGAAUCCAAUCCGGUGGUGGCAAAUGCUCUCGUGAGCAUGUACAGCAGGUGUGGAGGUGUCGAAGAAGCUGCAAAGGUUUUUGCAGGCGUGCGAAGUGGGACUCGGGACGUGAUCAUGUGGACGUCGAUGGUUGCUGCUUAUGGCCAGUGUGCAUUCUCCGAUGCGGCCUUUCGGCUGUUCCAGAAGAUGCUGCUGGAAGGAAUUCGGCCUGACAAGAUCAGUUUCAUCACCAUUCUGGGCUCGCUGCUGCGUGAUCGAGCUAAACUGGUUCACGACUUGGUACGCGAGUGUUGCUUCGACACCGACGUGGCAGUAGGGACAGCUCUGGUUGAGAUGUUUUCCAGAGCUGGAAACUUGUCGUCCGCAUGGGAUGCCUUCGACAGUAUAUCUCACCCGGUGGUUGCUUCUUGGAGUGCUCUGAUUUCAGCUAUGGUGGAACAUGGUUACUACUCAGUGGCAUUCGUUGUCUUCCAAAGGAUGCUGCUGGAAGGCGUAACAGCGGAUAAGAUAGCGCUGAUCGCGAUUCUCGGUGCAUGCAAGAGCUCGAGUUUUCUUCCAGCCGGUAAGCUCGUUCAUAACUUUAUUUCUUCGUCUGGUUUUGAACUUGAUCUCGUAGUCCGAAAUGCACUAAUUGAUAUGUAUGGGAGCUGCAGGGACUUGAAAACUGCUCGUGAUAUAUUUGGUCAGCUUGUACCAUAUGAAGACGCUGUUUCGUGGAACUCAAUGAUAGCAGCCUGUGCUGAAUCCGGACAGCAUAACGACGCCAUACUACUCUUUUACCAAAUGCAACUCCAGGGUAUGGCUCCAGACAGGGUUACGUUCAUUUCGGUCCUAAACAGCUUUUCUUUUUCCAAGCAGGGAAAAGGACUUCCGCAUCUCAACAAAAUUCAUGAACUCGUGCAAGCCGUUGGGCUUCAUGUGAAUCCGGAAGUAGAAGGCUGCUUGUUUCGGAUGUUCGCGAGCUGCGGAUUUCUGGACGAAGCUGCCAAAAGCUGUCCGAAUAUUUCCCAGCGGGAUGUUUCUAGCUGGAACACGUUGCUGGGAGCGCUUAUAGAGCGCGGACAAGUUGGAGUAGCCAUCCAGAGAUUUCAAGAGAUGCAGCUCAACGGUGGCAAACCAAACACUUGGACGCGCUAUCCACUGCUGGAUUUGCGACUGCUGUGGACACUUGGAGGACGAGCUUGUUCGUGCUUCAAUCAUCCGGAUGUACGGGAAAUGUGGAGCUGUCGAAGAUGCUCAAGCAGUUUUUCGGGCCGGAGAGGAAACAUUCGUGUCGUGGAACGCACUUGUUGCAGCGUUCGCAGACAGUGGGAUGGCUGAGAAGUCAUUGCGUUCUCUUCACUCGACGCAGCUGGAGGGGUUUCAGGCGGAUGAAAUAACACUUGCGAGCAUCCUUAACGCCUGCGAGAGUCCGCAGGAUCUAAAGUUCGGGAGGAAGGUUCACAAACAGGUGGUUGGAAGUGGCUGGGAAUCAGGCACAGUGCUGGGUACUGCAGUGAUCAGCAUGUAUGGAAGGUGUGGAAGUGUAGAAGACGCUUUUCGGGCUUUCAACACGGUGGCCGAGAAGGACCUCGUGGCAAUGAACGCGAUUAUCACGGCGUGUAUCCAGCACAACGAGUUUGGAGAAGCUCUCAACUUGUUCCGGAUGAUGCAGCUAGAAGGGAUGAAGCCGAGCAAAGCCACAUUCGUUUCGGUGCUCAACGCCUGCUCUUCGCCGAGGGAUGCAAACCUUGUUCUAAGUUGCAUCCUGGAGACAAAGUCACUGGGAUCACACGAGUCAGAAGCAGAUCUUCUUCUCGGAAAUGCUGUCAUCACAAUGCACGGGAGGUGUGGAGACUUCGUGGCUGCUCAACAGGCUUUCAACUCAAUGGCCGUGAGGGACGUGAUCUCCUGGAACGCUCUCAUGGUGGCAGCCGAGAAAGGUGACGAGGUGCUCGAGAUCUUCCACCGGAUGCAGCUGGAAGGCUUUCGUCCCAACAAGAUCAGCUUCGUCAACUUCCUCACUGCUGCGUCUUCGAACUCCUCCGGCUCGAUUAUCUCCAGUGCUCAGAGCUGCAAGGCGAUCCAAGCACUGGCAGU